AUGGCACGGGCAGCAGAUGCUAUGGCAGCGAAUGCGGAUGCGAAAUACGAUGCAGCGGGUGCGGAAUAUGAGGCAGCGGACGCACAAAAACAGGGGCAGCAGGUGCAAAAUACGAGGCAGCGAACGCGCAAAAACCGGGGUAGCGGCUUACAUGACUGCUGGACACCGGAGGCGGAGGAGAACGACCGAAGGCGGAGAAGGGGGCGGCGGCAGAAUGGAGAAGAAGGGGGUGAAGGAGGAAACAAAAAAAUAGGGACAGGGGGAAAGGAGGAAGUGAAUGGCACGGCGCACGGCGGUCGGAGAAUGGGGGGAAGGGGUGUGAACGGCGGCGGUCGUAGAAUGGUGGAAAAGGGGGAAGAAGAUUAG